AUGGCUUUUGUACAAGCACAAAGUGACAAUUUACCAGUAGUAGACAGUUUUAUGCUUAUGGAGUUCAUAAAAUUCAAUGAUUGUUUUAUCCAAAAUGAAAUAAGAGGAUUAAAGGCAGAAUGGUCAAUGAGAGGGAGUUAUAUCGAAAGUGCAGUAGGCUAUGUACAGUUAAAACGCGAAGAAAAUAAAUGCACAGUGACAAGUGAAAUAUGUCCCGAACAUCGCGUUAGAACUAAAAAUUAUAAAAUCAUCAUGAUUGUGGAUGAAGAGCGAGAAGUUGUUGACACAGUUAAGUGCUUCGACUGUAGUGCAGCAGAGGGAGGUUGCAAACAUGCCCUUGCAUUUCUAAUGUGGGUUCACAAAAAAAGUACCCAGCCAUCACCAACAUCCAUAGAAUGCUAUUGGAAAAAACCAGUGUUAUCUGCAGCAAAAUCAACUAUUAUUAAAACGGACAAUUUUGGUGUAACACCUGAUUUUGAUUCUCAGGUUUAUGCUGGCUUCUUAGAUGUUGUUGUUUCUAAAGGGAAAGAGGUACAGUCAAAUAAUCAAUUGGUAAAAUACUAUAAAAGCUUCUCUCCCGAUCAAGAUAAAACACAUUUGGGGCUACAUAAACUGUUAAGUGAAUUCCAAAAGUGUGGUGGUAAAACAUAUGUACAUUUUUUAAGUUUGGCUGAAAAUACUAUGACGGAUGAGCUUUGUUCUAUAAUUGUUAAAGACACAAAAGAUCAAAGUGCUAGCCAUGAAUAA